UUGAAAAUUUAACUGAUUUUGUUUUGUUUUGCAUGCAAACAUGCUCUAUUGUUUCCAAAGAGCGGUUUGUCGAGUUUAUAAUACCAUAAUGAAAGAAAAGAAAAAAUGUUAUGAUAGCCUAAUAACAAAAGAUCCAAUACUUAAAACUUUUCGACCUUGAGAUUUUGUUAAUCUAUUUACAUAUUUACGAAUAAUAGAAUAGUGAAGUUAAAACAUGACAGCUAAAUAAAGAGAAAUGUUUAUGGAUAACUGUGUGUUAGAAAUCAUACGCAAAAUCUGUGAGGUGAAAAAUAGAACGGAAAAUAAGCAAAACAACGAAGAUUUGUACUUACAAGAAUUUUGUCAAAAUGGCUUCUGAUUUAGAUAAACCAAAAGGACAUAUUAAACGGCCAAUGAACUCGUUUAUGGUGUGGUCUAGAAUGGAGCGAAAACGGAUUAGCGAAGCAAACCCCAAAAUGCAUAAUUCCGAAAUUUCAAAACAGUUAGGUACUUCUUGGAAAAUGCUAUCGGAAGAAGAUCGAGCGCCAUAUGCCGAGGAGGCAAAAAGACUUCGAGAUUUACACAUGUCAGAAUAUCCAGACUAUAAAUACCGUCCAAAACGUAAACCAAAAGCCUCUUCAGUAAAUCAAGAAAAAUUGCCUUCUAUUGCACCUAAGCGCCCUAGCAGUAUUCCGCUUGCCGAUUAUACUCAAUCUAGAUCUGUACCGACAGCUGUACCUGUUUAUACUGGCUUUCAUCGUAGGACGCCUGAAUACCGUCCUCAUGCGGGUCCAGAAAACGUAACUACAGUUGUUUACCCUCACUCUCGAUAUUACCGAACUGAUAGUCCAGAAAAAGUCUCUCAUACUCACAGUCCAUUGGAUCAUUAUCAUGGAAGAAGUCCUCCUAUACGAAUUUAUCACAGAAGCCCGCCCUCACCUUAUGACUCUCGAGAACAUUAUUCGCGUUCACGUGAAAAUCAAAGAGAAUCCUUAGGUAUUCGCCCAAGAAGUCGUAGUCCAGUAACUCGUUACUAUAGUUACGAUGAAGAUAUUGCAGAUCCAAAAUCUGAUUAUGAAGAUGGAGAUGCAAAAUAUCACCAAAAAUUAAGUGCAGAAAAAAAGAGAAAAGGUGUCGAUGAUUUACUAGGUGAAAAAAUGCGUGCAAAAGCCAGAGCCGAACAAAUAAAACAUUGGGAAAAUGAUAAAGGUUAUAAUGGCUAUGAUGAAUACACAAAAUAUAGUCCUGAAUUUCUCAGUAAAUCAUAUGUUGUACCGAUUCCAGUUAUGGUUCAUAGAAGAGGAUCUCCUCACCACAUGGUUCAUACUAACAAAAAUGAAGUUUGUCGUGAAGAGUGCUGCAUUGUUCCUGCAGUCCGUUACCUUCCUCAUAGCUACCAUCAUCAUCAUAACUACCAUGAUAUAAGAGCAUACGAAAAUCAUCCAAAACAUUGUUUUUGUUCUGAAUGUAAAAGGAUAUCUCCUAAAUCCAAAAGAUAUUCAACGGUUCAAAGUUAUUCCGUUGAUGAGUGUACCCCUCAUCAAAAUAUGAUAGAGAAAAAACUUUCUAUGACAGAAAGAGAAAUUUCUAAAAACGAGACAAGCGAUGACAGCGAUUCUAGUGUUAAAAUUAAUUCUAACGUUAAAAUUGAAGGAAAAGCUCUAGAGCAAUCAAAUAAUCAAAUAAAAGCUAUGUAGUAGUUAACUGAGACAUUUUAAUAGCUUAUAUUUCUUAAUAAAAUAAAUGUGAAAUAAGUCAAGAUAAGUCAAAAAGGAGCUAGUAAAAAAAGUUCCUAGGACCACACGAAGCCAAUCAAUUAACAAUCUUACAGUAAAAAAAAAACGAGUUAAAGUUUUGUAAAUAGGUGAUAAAAAUUUUUAUCAUAAAUAUAUAUAUGUAUAUAUAUAAAUAGAAAAAAAACUUUUUUUGUAA